CGUCCAGCGGUUAGGAUAUCUGGCUUUCACCCAGGAGACCCGGGUUCGAUUCCCGGUAACGGAAAUUCUCUUUUUUACAUCUCCCUUGAUGAUGAUAAUGUAAAUUGAAGGUCCAAAAUUGAACCAACAUUUAAAUUGCUAAGCAAACAGUGAUGGCUACUCUCUGUCUGCCUUCAUCAUCUUCUUCAGUUAAACUUGCUGAAAUCUCCAGCUCUAUUCAUUCUUUCCCAGCAAAUCCAAAUCUACUUCGUUCUUCCCCGAGAAGAAGAAGACCGUUGUUCGAUCAUUUUCUGGCAGUCAAUUAUGUAGCUGAAUCAUUUAAAUGGAGGGCAAAGGUUUCCUUCUUUCCUUUUUUCUCCACCAAAACCCAAGACACGGAGAGUCUUAAGCUGGAGCUUCUCGAAGCCAUUGCCCCACUUGAUCGAGGUGCUGAGGCCACUCCUGAAGACCAAAAGCUCGUCGAUCAGAUUGCUAGCAAACUUGAGGCGGCUAAUAAAGUGAAGGAGCCCUUGAAGUCAAGCUUAUUGAAUGGAAAGUGGGAACUUUUGUAUACUACAUCUCAAUCAAUUCUACAAACCAAGAGGCCCAAAUUCUUGAGAGCCAAUGGAAAAAUUUACCAGGCUAUCAAUACAGAUACAUUGAGAGCUCAGAAUAUUGAAACAUGGCCAUUUUUCAAUCAGGCCUCUGCCGAUUUAAUUCCUCUUAAUGCACGAAGAGUUGCUGUAAAAUUUGACUCUUUCAAGAUAGCUGGUCUGAUACCCAUAAAGAAUCGUGGAAGUGGUCGCGGUCAACUUGAAAUCACGUACCUGGAUGAAGAACUAAGGAUAUCAAGGGGAAACCAAGGAAACCUGUUUAUUCUUAGAAUGGUGGAUCCAUCAUAUAGAGUCCCUCUUUAAGCAUGCUUUCCCGUGGAUAGUGAUUGUCUCAAGCAGUCGCUCAUAGAACCAUAUCAGUGUUGGUGGUAGUUCUCCCAAGUAUUUCAGCUCAUCGCUGGAAACAAGAUAUACAUCAGAAGCGUACAAGCUUGAGCAUAACUCUGGUCAGCAAUAAUAAAGAUAUGCGUCAUGGUUAAACUAAUUGCUUGACCGACCAUCUUUACGGAGCUAUGAUCGGCCAUCAUAAUAGCAAAUGAACACAUCUUUCUAGUUAGAUCAAAGCAAGUUCUUCUGUAUCUGUAUCUGUAUCUUCUAUAAUGCAUCACAACUAUGUGAUACCAAUGUUAAUUGAUAUGAAUGGAUGAUCCUAGUCUAAAUUAAGUGAAUAAUUAAACUAAAUCUCAUCUUAGUUGGGUGUAGAUGAGAAAAUUUAUGGUG